AAACAAGACGCGUUUAUUACGUUAAUUAGAGACAAUCCACCGGAUUAUCCGUUAUCUUAAACAUAAACUAUGUAUAAAUCAGUUUAUGCAUUUAAUGGUGAUCAAAAUGAAGAUGUUUUAAAGUUCAACAAAGGAUGCUUGUUUAAUCUUCUUGAACAAGUUGAUGAACACUGGUGGAUUGCUGCAAAUGAAGAUGGCUACUGCGGUCUUGUACCAGCUUCUUAUCUUGAGAUUAAUAAGGUGUCACCUGAUGAUGUUAUUUUGUCAAUUGGUAAAUCGAUUCAAGGAAUUCAUAAGCUUGCAGUUCACAAAUCAAAUGGACUUGAUGCUGGUGACCUCCACAAUUUACAAAAACUAUCCAAUAACUCAAAGAUAAUAUCUCAAGGUACUUCUCUUUGGAGCGGUUUUCAAACACCUCAAGGUAGACAUUUAUCUGGUAAUGAUCAAAGUUCAGUAAGUGUUCAGGUACCUCAAAAAAUAAAAUCAGACACAGUAAGAAAAGGCAAAUCACCAAAAAGAUAUUCUGCUCCACAGCCGCCUACUCAAUCAAACCCUAAUUUGCAACAAAAUUUACAAAAAUGUAAUGAAAUAAAAAUAAGUACUGAAAAUGAUAAAUCUAAUGAUAUUCAUAGAAGUGGGUCUUACAAUACUGUUGAUUUAGUUUCUAAAGAAAGUAGUACACAAAGCAAUACACACACAAAAUGUUCUCAAACAACCACCUUAUUGGAAUCAUCGCAACCUAUUACAAAACUCCCUGAUAGCUCUCAAAGUAUAUCUGAGAAAGGUUCUCAAAAGAGUUCUGUAAAUUCUUUAAUUACUUGUAACUCAAAUAACUUUUCUUCACCUCAAACUUCAUUGGCUAAUGCAACUUCAACAGUGGUACCAAAUGAUCUUGGAAAAAAGCUAGUUGAUGGCGUUCGAAGCAAAUGCAAAAUUAGUUUUAAUAAAUCCCUAAUUGCUGUUCGCUACGUUCUUAACCAAUUAGGAAAAGAUAUUAAUUCAUUUGAAGAACUUUUUAAAAAUAUUCAAGCACAAAUUGAAGAUGAUAAAUUGAGUGAUUAUCAUGGAAGUUUAGCUGCAGAAGAUAUGAAUCAUUUAAUUGAAAUUCUUGAUAAGCUAGUUAAACAUAAAGAAGAUUCUCAGCAAAGAAACUGGUCAAUUCGUGAAGAUUUCAGCGAUAUUCAAAAAUUAUUGUCUCAACUUAUAGAAACUUUGGAUGAAAUUGACCCAUGUAUCAGUUGUAAGAUUCUUCAAGAUGACGAAUAUCGUUAUUUAUGUGAACUUGUUAUUUAUUACCAAAUGGAAUCUCGUUCAAAACUAAGGGUCUAUUUACUUAGUGUAUUUGAGCGUUUUUGUAAUUUUGGUCAGAAUUUUGUUUCACAACUUUUGUGUACUGUUUUACCAACAGAGAUAGCUGCUUCUAUGAUGCGUGAACAAAAUGAUUUGAUACUAUUUCUUAAAUCUUCAUUGGUUUUAACAAUGCUGUUCUCAACUGGGGAGCCUGUUCCCUACCAUCAUUAUACUCAACUUAAUGAAGCAUUUGUUAACUUUUUGUUGGAUCUGAUUGAAAAUCCUCCCCAAAAUGAUGAACAAGUUUCAGAUAGCCUGUUGGGUUUGAUACUUUCAUUUAACAAACAUUUUAGAGCAACAAAACAUAAUCCCAUUAUGCAAGUAUUAAGUAGAAGGACAGUAUUUCGAAUGCUUUCUGAAAAACUGAUGCUCUUGUUUAACCGUGAAACUGAUCCUGUUGCAUUGUUUUCCUUUAGUAUAAGCUGCCCUGAUUCUGUACUUAAGUUUCUUAAUGAUAUUUUUUCUACAAAAAGGACAUCUACUAUGUUUUAUACUAGCGAUAUGUCUGUCAUGAUUGAAAUUAUACUGCGUCAACUGUUUAACAGACCCUCCAAAGAUCAGGUUCGUACGGAAUAUCUUUCUUUGUUUCAUGCAAUUCUCACAUCUGAUGCAUGCGUUGAGCUCAAGAAACACACUAACGAGUUAAAACGUUAUUUUGAAAACAUUUUAACAGAUUAUGCAAAUGAAAGUGACGUUGAUGUUUAUAUUGUUCGCGAAAUAACAAAUCGUUUUCCUGAUUUAUUUUGCUAGAUGUAUUUUAAAUAUGAUGAGCUCUUAUUUUCUUUUUAUUUAUUUACAUUUGUUUAUUACUGAUAUAUGCCAGAGUGUGAAUGGCGAUGAACGGUUCAAAGUAACAAUCAAACAAAAAAUUUGUAAAUGACAAACUGUAAGUUUUGAUAAACGAAAGGUGCAUUUUUAUAUAAAUAUUAAUAUAAAUUUAAAAUUUUUAAAGCAUAUUUAUAGUCUUCUAAAAUAUAACUUUUGCAGAAAUGUUUACGUAAUACCGGCAGGCACAUAUGUCCGUAAAACGUCUUUGCGCUAUCCAAUGAACGUCGCGUGUACUUAUUACGUCAGUAAGACAUUUAGCAGACAUACUGUGCCCACUGGCACUUAACGUAAUAUUUUUUUUAGUUCUAGGUAAUUUUUCGUUAUCCGUUCCUGUUCUUUGACGUUUUGUAUUUCAUGAUUUAUAGAUACUUAAAUAGUAAAAGCAUUUUUUUUUUACUGAGAACAUUACUUUUAGAAUUUUACUGAAGAAUAUUACCUUAAAUAAAAUUGGUAGUUAUUAUUUUUGUUAUAUCUUUAUUAUA